UGAGGUGGGUUUUUUUAAGAGAAGCAUGGGGAGUUGUUAGAGGGAAAAUGGAUUCUUUAUUUCACGUCCUGGUUUCUACCUGUCUUGCCUUGGCAUUCUCAGAAGGGUUUCUGAUUAUCCAUGUCCAGAAACAGCAGUGUCUUUCAGAAAAGAGAGGAGUCAUUAUGGAAAAGUGCAAUAUGACCAGCCUGAAUCAGAAGUGGCAGUGGAUGGCAGAUGGCAGGCUCCUCCAUGUGAAGUCUGCCCAGUGCCUGAGCAUCUCUACACGCUCUGCUCUGUCAUCUCGCAGCGUCAUCAUCGAUUGUCCCCAGGCAGUCAGGUGGAAUUGUCACGAGGAUGGGCUCCUGAAGGUGGCCAACAGCUCCCUUUUCCUCACAAAACAAGGUCAAAAGGUAAUGGCCAAGCGGAGUAAAAAAUACCUUCAUACAUGGAUGCAGCUAAAAGCCAGCGAGACAGGAAAACCUGUUUAUGUAAAUCUGUGCUCAAAGCAAGAUCUCCAAGAUGCAGACACUUCUGUGUGGAGUACUAUAACUACAUCCCCCUCUUCAAAUGCUAUAACUUCUAGGCCUGAAAAUGUGUUGAAAAGUAGCACAGAGAUGUUCAUCAAAAAUGUGACUGAACACUUCAGUAAAAAUCCCAUUGAAAACCUCUACUUAGUCUUGAAAUCUGCAGUAACAGAGAAAGCUUGGAUUCCAACAACCACUCUUCAAUACUCUAGCACUACAGAAGAGGCCGCGCCGGAGCAGGCAGCGGGAUGCAGCGCCAACCUGACGGAGCGGAGCGUGGCCGGGCAGAGCGUUCGGCUGCUCUGGGGCGCCGCGGGCCGUGCCUGCAACUUCAGCCUGAGCGGGCGCUCGGAGGACGGGGAGGCGGCCGGCUGCCAGCCCGCCCCCGCGGGCAACCGCACCUACGGCUGCACCCUGCGGGGCCUGGAGGCCGGCACCUGGUACCACCUGCGCAUCCAGCCCCUCGCUGGCGGCGAGGCUCUCAACAUCUCCCUGCAGACAGAUCCCUUGCCACCAUCUCAUUUGGAAAUUAAUAAGGAAAAAACUACACUCACAAGCUUGCAUGUUCAAUGGAAUCCUUCCUCAGGAAAGGUGGACAUGUAUAACCUAGUAUUACUUGAUCGUGAUAAUAAAAAGAUACAAGAAGUCUCCAUACCAGGAAGCAUUUCAAAAACAGAAAAUACAUUUUCCAGUCUCAUUCCUGGGAAUAAGUACAACAUUGUCCUCAGUGCUGUUGCUGGAAAUAAGACUACACCAGAACUUCACAUAAGUGGAUCCACUGUGCCAUCUCCUGUGAAAAAUAUUCAGGUCAGUGUCAAGACAGACAUUAUCCACGUUUCGUGGUCUUCUGGCUCUGGACAUGUGGAUCGUUACAGGCUGCUGUUGCUGGAUAAUCAUGUACCAGUUCAUGAGAUUCACCAGGAAGGUUCCCUGACCUCCUACACCUUUUCAGGACUUACAGCAGGCCACCUGUAUAACCUCUCUAUCAUAACCCAGGCUGCAGGAUUGGAGAGCAGCACUUUUCAGACAAUCAGGACAGCCCCAGCUGAAGUCUUAGAUUUGAUGGUGACCAACGAUGGCAGCUUAGAUGCUUUAAAAGUUAGGUGGAGAAGACCUUCAGGAAACCUCAAUUUCUAUAAUAUCACUCUGUCUCAUCUUGGAUCAGUUAAAGAAGUCAAAACUGUGCAGCCACCAGUCACAGAGACACAGUUUGACAAGCUAACUCCAGGACGUCUUUAUGAGGUUACUGCCCGCACCAUCAGUGGCGAACUGUUCACUGAUCUGAUGGCAACUGGCAGGACAUUUCCCCAGAAAGUUUCAGAGCUGCAGGCGGGUGCUAGUGGCUGGGUGCGGUCUCUGCGAGUGACCUGGGUGCCCCCUGAGGGAGACUGGGAGAGAUACCACCUGCUCCUGUGGAACCGCUCAGCCCUGGUCCUCAACACCACCCUCGAGAAGGACACCACCGAGUACCUCAUCCGUGAUGUGGGCCUCAUCCCAGGGAGGGAGUACGGCGUGGAAGUCAUUGUGGAGAGCGGCGAUUUGCAGAGCAAGACUCGCUGCAUGGGGAGAACAGCUCCAGAGCCUGUUCUCCAGCUCCGUGUGAAGCAUGCUAAUGAAUCUUCACUUAGUGUCAUGUGGAUGACCCCUAUUGCAGAAUGGGACAGCUAUGUGGUUUCUCUGGAAGUCAGUGAGCUCCCUGUUGUAAAAAAGGGACUUGCAAAAGAAGCUAAGGAAUUUACUUUCACUGACUUGAUACCUGGAAGGAAAUAUACAGCUACUAUCACUACUAUUAGUGGGACUUUAAGCAACUGGACUUCAGUAGAAGGAAGAACAGUGCCAGCCCAAGUGACAGGUCUGACUGUGUCAAGUCAGGGAUCAACCAACAGCUUGUUCACCAACUGGACAAGAGCACUGGGAGAUGUAGACUCGUACCAAGUGCUACUGAUUCAUGAGAAUGUUGUCAUUAAAAAUGAAACUGUCCCCAGUGAAACUAACAGAUAUCACUUCUAUCCUCUGAAACCUGGAGGACUCUAUUCAGUUGUUGUCACCACUGUCAGUGGAGGGAUAUCUUCAAGGCAAACAAUUGCAGAGGAAAGAACAGUUCCUUCCAGUGUAACUGGAGUAACAGUAAAUAACUCAGGUCGGAGUGACUACCUCAGUGUUUCUUGGCUGCCAGCUUCUGGAGAUGUAGACAAUUAUUUGGUAACACUCUCUCAUGAUGACAAGAUUGUUCAGACUCUCACCAUUUCCAAAUCAUUCAGUGAAUGCUCCUUCAGCAGCCUUACUCCUGGGACACUUUACGAUGUGAUGAUAACCACAAAGAGUGGAAAGUAUGAAAACUACUCCCUCAGCCAGGAACGAACAGUCCCUUCAAGUGUCCAGGGACUUACUGUCAGCAAUUCAGCCAGAAGUGACUACUUGAAGGUGUCCUGGUUACAUGCAUCUGGAUAUUUUGAUAAUUAUGAAGUGAUCAUCAGUAACAAUAAUGAUUUCAUCCAAACAAAAAGUGUCCCAAAGGAUGAAAAUGAAUGUGUGUUCACCAGUCUGGUCCCUGGGAGGCAGUACAGUGUCACGGUCAGCACAAGAAGUGGGAAAUACGAAACUAGUGAAAGAGUCUAUGGCAGAACAAUGCCAGAGUCAGUAAAGGAACUGACUCUUGGUAACAGGAGCACAGAAGAUCUGCAGGUAACUUGGUCAAAAGCUGAGGGGGAUGUUGACAAGUAUGAAAUUCAGCUCCUCUUCAACGAUAUGAAGAUCUUCCCACCCAUUUUCCUUGGGAACACCAUAGAGGAAUAUUGGUUCACAGCUCUGACUCCAGGACGUCUGUACAAAAUUCUUGUUUUGACCAUCAGUGGAGAUGCACAGCGGGCUACUUUCAUAGAAGGCCUGACAAUUCCAAGCAAGGUCCGAAACAUUCAUGUGUCACCUAAUGGCAUGACAAACAGUCUGAAAGUGAGCUGGACCCCUGGAGGUGGAGAUGUUGAUUCCUACACAGUGACUAUAUUUCAACAAAACCAUCAGCUUGAUUCUCAGAGUGUCUCCAAACACAUCUCUGAGCACAUGUUUCACAAGUUGGAAGCUGGGGAGCAGUACCAGGUGGUGGUGCAAUCUAACAGUGGCACCUUGCACAACAGCUUAGCAGCUUUUGGGAGAACAAUUCCAGCCUCUGUCCAGGAAUUAUCAGCCCAUCAUGCUUACAGCAGUCAUUCCUUGUUAGUAACCUGGCAGAAAGCUCCUGGUGUAGCCGAAAGAUAUGACAUUCUGCUCUUGAAUGAGCAAGGAAUCCUCCUGAGUAACAAAUCAGAGCCAGCUACUGCCAAACAGCACAAAUUUGAAGAUUUACUAGCUGGCAAGAAGUAUAAAAUACAAGUUUUGACAGUCAGUGGUGGACUCUUCAGUAAGCGUGCAGAAACUGUUGGCCGAACAGUUCCGGCAGCUGUUACAAAUCUGAAAGUCACAGAGAACACCACUGACCGACUGUCCUUCAGCUGGACCACCUCUCAAGGGGAGCUUGAUUCGUAUGACAUCUUCCUAUACAAUCCAGACAAGUCCCUACAUGAUAGGAUUUCAGGAGGGCAGCAUCUCCAACAGUGUUCAUUCCAGAACCUGCGUCAAGGCAGGAUGUAUCGAAUGGUGAUUGUUACACACAGUGGAGACCUCACUAACGAGUCAUCUGUCUAUGGAAGAACAGUACCAGCCCCAGUUGUUGGUCUCAAGGCAUCCAACCGAAACAUGACGGACAGUCUGUGGUUCACUUGGGGUCCAGCAGCAGGAGAUGUUGACUUCUAUGAGCUGAAUCUUUACAACCCAAAUGGGACACAGAAAGAAACUGAGCAAAGGAAACACCUGGAAGAGUGGCAUUUCCAGGGGCUCAUUCCUGGCAGAAAGUAUACUUUAGUUGUUGUGACUCACAGUGGUGACCUGACCAACACAGCAAAUGCUGAAGGAAGAACAGCACCCAGCCCUCCUAACACUGUGUCGUUUACUGAUGUUGCAAACACUUCUUUAUCAAUCACUUGGCUGGGUCCUCCAGACUGGACAGACUAUGAUGAUUUUGAGGUGCAGUGGCUUCCAAAGGAUCCCCUCACAGUAUUCAAUCCCUACAGCAGCAGCAGAUCUAAAGUACGCAUCAUCUAUGGCCUGCGACCUGGGAGACUUUAUGAGUUCAGUGUCAGAACUGUCAGUGGCGACAGCUGGAAGACAUACAGUCAGUCACAAUCUGCAAGUGUGAGAACAAAGCCAGACAAGAUACAAAGCCUUCACUGUCGGCCCCAGACCUCUACUGCCAUUGCGUGUUCCUGGACUCCUCCCGAUUCUGACUUUGAUGGGUAUAGCGUUGAGUGCAAGAAGAUGGACACCCGUGAAGUUGAAUUUUCUAAAAGGAUAGAAAAAGACAAAUCUCUACUUAAUAUUAUGACCCUUGUUCCCCACAAGCGAUAUCUGGUGUCCAUCAAGGUGCAUUCUGCAGACAUGACAAGUGAAGUAGUUGAAGACAGCACCAUCACGAUGAUUGACCGUCCUCCUCAGCCACCUCCAGAUGUACGAGUGAACAAAAAAGAGGUGCUGAUUACCAAAUCCUCCAUCAACUUUACUUUUAACUGCAGCUGGUUUAGUGAUACUAAUGGAGCUGUGAAGUACUUUACUGUGGUUGUGAGGGAGGCUGAUGGUAGUGAAGGACCAAAGCCUGAGGAGCAGCACCCAUUACCUUCCUACCUGGAGUACAAACACAAUGACUCUAUACGCAUCUACCAGACAAAUUAUUUUGCCAGUAGCUGUGCUGAAAACCCUGACAGUGACUAUAAAAGCUUUGACAUUAAGCUUGGAGGAGAAAUGGAAAAUCUGGGAGGAAAGUGUGAUCCAGAUCACCAGAAAUUCUGCGAUGGACCUCUAAAGCCUCGAACUGCAUAUAGAAUCAGCAUACGAGCUUUUACUCAGCUUUUCAGUGAAGACCCAAAGGAACUCCCUAAACCGCUCUUUGCAGACACCUUCUUCUCCUUACCGAUCACUACAGAGGCAGAGCCUCUCUUUGGAGUUAUUGAAGGUGUGAGUGCUGGCUUGUUUCUGAUCGUGAUGUUGGUGGCUGUUACUGCUUUAUUUGUCUGCAGACAAAAAGUUGGCAAUGGCCAUGAGAGACCUACAGCAAGGCUGAACAUUCGCAGAGACAGGCCACUGUCAGUCCAUUUGAACUUGGGGCAGAAAGGGUACCGGAAAACUUCCAGUCCGAUCAAAGUCAGCCACUUUGAAGCACACUUCACCAAACUUCAAGCAGACUCCAACUACCUUCUGUCCAAGGAGUAUGAGGACUUGAAAGAUGUGGGUCGAAACCAGACAUGUGACAUAGCACUUCUGCCAGAGAACAGAGGGAAAAAUCGAUACAAUAAUAUAUUGCCCUAUGAUACAUCAAGAGUGAAGCUUUCCAAUGUGGAUGAUGACCCUUGCUCAGACUACAUUAAUGCAAGCUACAUACCAGGCAAUAAUUUCCGCAGGGAAUACAUAGCAACUCAGGGCCCUUUACCUGGAACCAAAGAUGAGUUCUGGAAGAUGGCAUGGGAGCAAAACGUUCACAAUAUUGUCAUGGUAACCCAGUGUGUUGAGAAGGGCCGGGUAAAGUGUGAUCAAUACUGGCCCCAUGACCAGGAUUCCUUGUACUAUGGAGACCUGAUUGUUGAGAUGCUGUCAGAAUCAGUGCUCCCAGAGUGGACAAUACGAGAGUUUAAAAUCUGCAGUGAAGAGCAGCUUGACUCAACGAGGCUCAUUCGUCACUUCCACUACACUGUAUGGCCAGAUCAUGGUGUGCCAGAGACCACCCAGUCCCUGAUCCAGUUUGUCAGAACUGUAAGAGAUUAUAUCAACAGGACCCCAGAUACAGGACCAAGUAUUGUACACUGCAGUGCUGGUGUUGGCAGGACUGGCACAUUCAUUGCACUGGACCGAAUCCUGCAACAGCUGGAUUCGAAGGACGCUGUUGACAUUUAUGCAGCAGUCCAUGAUCUAAGGCUUCACCGCGUUCACAUGGUUCAGACAGAGUGUCAAUAUGUGUAUCUACAUCAAUGUGUGAGAGACGUGCUAAGAGCCAGAAAACUUCGCAGUGAACAAGAAAAUCCCUUAUUUCCAAUAUAUGAAAAUGUGAAUCCAGAGUAUCACAGAGGUAACUGCAAGUUUAUCAAAUUGUAAAAUGUGUCAAAUGUAGUAGGUCACUGAUAGGAUAAUUGAGGGGGAAUUUUUCUGUCUUUAACUAUUGAUAUUUCUUUGCUUCCUGGACCUUCAUUUGUUCCCUCUGCUCUUUUCAUUCUUGCAGUUGUGUCUUUAUUUUCUCCAUUAGUAGUUAUUACAACAUCACUUCCUGCUCCUACCUUACCUUUAUGCUCUCACUAUCCAUAAGCAACUGAGAACACUGACAGCAGUUACUGGGCUUUUCUGUCAUGCAUGGAGUUCAAGUUCUGUCUGCAUCACCCUCAUCUGCUGUUGACAAUAUAGUCAGCCUUGGAAGAUUUCCCAUCUGCUUUGACUGGAAAAUAUAGAUGCCCUAGGCUGUGUUCUUUCUUUAUCCCCAGACUCCCCAUUCUUGUAGGCUCCUUUUCCUAGCCUACAUCCAGUCCCUUGCUGAUGAGACUGGCAGGAGUAGCAAACCUGGCGCCAGCACUGCCCUUCACUUCCUGGGCCCAUGGCCGGAGGACCAGCGUGGAGACGCUGUAAGCAGUGGUGACCUUGUGCCCUGGUAGAGCUGAUUCUUAAGGGAUGUAGAAGUUUUUAGGGUCCAGACAGAAGGAUCUCAGUAAUUCUACAAUUUUUGGUGUUAGGAUUAUAUCAUAAGAAAUCCGAAUAAUUUACUUGAUUUAGCCUGUAGUAAUUGUCAUAUACAGGUAGAACAGGCUUGGAGGAGACCAAGCAGAGGUGGGAUCUGAACUUAGCUGUCACAUCCAUCACCAGCCAGUGCUGCUGCCACACAGCUACCUCUCAGAUCACUGCUGAAUCUGUGUUGGUUUACUUUUUCUAAUCUCAUUUUUCCUUGCUUUCAGAUGCUGUUUAUUCAAGACACUAAGAAUGUUAGAGAUACCUGCUUUUAUGUUAACUAUGGAUCUUGUUUUGGUUUUUUUAUGUAUGUAUUUCAUGCACCAGAAAGGUGCCAGACCUUUUGGUUGACACUGUGUAUAAUUUAUUGGUCUGGUGAUUUUUUCUAAAGAUAUAUAAUUUAAAUGUAAUAGAUAUUAAUGUAUAUAAUUGUAUUUUGGCAUUAUGUAAAUAUGUAUUUUUUCUAUGUUGUUUAUAUUAAUAUUAUGCUUCAGAUAAUACUAUUUUUUCUUAUCACAGUUUAUAAAAAACUGUUCUACAUAAACUAUUUUAAAUUGUAUGGCUAACAGGACUGCUGCAUUUGGGGCGCUAUUGGCAUGACACGGAAAAAGUCCUAUACAGAGAACCUCAUUUUUAAAAAAUAUUUCUUUGUUUGUGAGAUUAAAUAAGCUACUAUUAAGCAAGGAAACAGUAGUCCUGUGUAGGAAUUACAAUGCUACUCUACACUUUAAACUUACUGCUUUUCAUCUGACAAAAAUGGGAGUAACCCAUAUCACAGUGGCAUACCUUUUACAGAACUCAUUAACAACUGAGCAAAACAGGGUUCACCUCACUAGAAGCAACUGUUUCAGUUUAGUGUGACAUAGUAGAAAAAUAGCAAACAACUUCACGCUGCAGUGAAGUCUAGCAGACCUUUCUCUGACCAAAUACUUUGAGGGGAGACAGGUCACAUCAUGAUUUCUUUACACUGGUUUAAGAGAGCAGAAUCAGACCACAACUUGUGUCUAUGCACUUUCACAUGUGUAAAAUUUUAAUUAAGAAAGGUGUUCAAAAAUGCUCCUGAGACAUUUGUGUUAACAGGCCUGUGAAGAUGUGAAGUCUGACAGCUUCCAUAGCUCAUCAGAAACAAUGCUGUACCAUGACAGCCAAAAAAAUAGAGAGAUCGCAAACAUUGAAACAAAGACAUAUAAAGGUAUAUAUCCCACAGUAUGCUCACCUGGUGUAAAGCUGCACUUUGCCCCAAGUGGUGGUAUCCUUCAAAUGCCACUUGCUUUCACAAAGGGACAGCUUGGCCCCAGCAUGUGGAAUGUUACCUGAUGUCACCACCACAGGGGCAGUUGGAAUGGAAGAAGGCUCAUCAAGGAAUGUAGGCUGGCAGGGCUGUCCUGAUCAUACAAUCACCUAGUGUUUUGGGUUGGAAGAGACAUUAAAGAUCAUCUAGUUCCAACCCCCAUGCCCCCAGGCAGGGCCUUAUUACUGAAAACAUGUUUAAAAUUCAAAACAUAUCAACUUAAUUUUGUAUGAAUAAAAGAACUGAAUGAUAGCAAGAAGUACAGUCAAAGAGCUCUUACCAGGUAUCCUGCCCAGCCAAGUGGAUUAUGCACAGCCUCUCUCUCCUCUGCAUAGAGGCAUCUCAUUCAAGGGUCUAAACACUCUGUUGAUCUAUUACUUAUCUUUAUAAAAUGCUCCUCAAACAAAUAGUGAAGAGACAGUACAUAGUUUGUCUCCACCAUGAAGGAAGGGCUUCAUAGUUCUUUUUUCAUAUAUCUACCCAUACUCUUCAUAGAGAAAACUUAGCUUAUUGCUGAAGAUAAGUGCCUAAAUCCCACUUCUGUUUUGGAGAAAAAUAAAUAUUUCUGAAGGCCUUCUGAGAAUCAGUAAGUAGUAAACUGAGUGCCUAACUGAGGAACUCCAGUGCCACAGCAGGACUGUGCAUAUCCAUGUUAUUCUAGUUUUCCUAGAGAAGGUAACAGCCACUCUUCUUAUUCCAUCUGGAAUCUCAUCCUUUCUUGACCAAAUACCCUCACAUGCCUCAGAAGCCACCCUUCAAAUCAGGUGUCACAGCUGCUCAGAACAUGUAAACUUGUUUAUUCUUUUUAGGUGUUUCUGAAUGAAAAUACUGCUCAUUCCCUCCUGCACAUGCUCGUUGGUACCACACAAACCUUAAAAUUCACCACCCUUAAUGGAAACCGAAGAAGAAGGGAACUAGUGUUGGGGUGGAAGACAUUUUCAAAGAGGAAAGUCUAAGAAAAACCACAAAGAAAUGUGAACAUUUUCUUUAGAUGCUUUCUUUUCUCUAUUUCCUUUUGCUAGAUGGCUAGGUUAGCAAGCGAGGACAAACAAGCAUGGCAGCUUUAGAUCAACUGUUGAUCAGGCUAAUAACCUGUGCACUUAAGGCAUUGUGAAAACUGCUGUUGUGUUACAUGCACUGCAUUUGGUCCUUUAUUUUUUGCAGGGGUAGCCAAGGAACGAAGAUCACCAUGUUAGUUACCAGCAGUACAAUUACACUAUUAACACACACCAAAUGUACCCUAUAAAUUACCUCACACUCUAUAUCACUGUGUCAUUUUUUAAUGCUGAGGGAAAUGGAGCUCACUCAAUACUAUAUGAUCUGAGGGCAAAAUUCUGCUUGUAUGCUCUGUAUGCAUGUUGUUCAUCAUUUUCAGAAAGACACACAUCAUUCUACAGUUUAUUUUAUCAUUCUCAGCUCCCUUGUCUGCAGCUACAGAGUUUAUAGUUUGUACCCAAAAUGAUCUCAUAGCAGACAGCUAGUUUCAUCUUUUCUCUCAGCUAAUAAUGGACACAGUUCAUAAGCCUCUUCCUCCUCAUCACUUCAUAACAUGACAGAUGACCUUAAACACUCUGGCACAAUGCUCUUGAGCAGCUUUACAUUUCUGCCCAAGUAGGUCACACAUGAGACUGUAUACACACAUUAUUGCUCUGGUUCUGCUCUCUAGCCAAUUCUGCUCAUAUGAAAUCAGUGUAAAUCCAAUGAGAAAAAGUAAAAAAGUAUCUAUGUAGCAUUUUGUUAAUAUACAACACCUACUUAUCAGUAUAAGUAGUUAUAUUUACUGUGCCUCUAAGCUGAAUGACAGGACUGAUGGGAAAUUGUUAAUGUAACAAGAAUACAUUUGAGGGAGUUUGUGUGCUGAACAAAGACCGCUCUUAAGGAAAAAGACAUCUUUUGAAUGUCCUUGAUGAUGUUCAGAAUUCCCUUCUUGAUGUUUCCCAAUAAUAAUGUUAGAAAGCAAGGCUAAUGUUGUUGCUGAUCCAUAAGCUAAGAUUUGCACACUUGAAGCCCAUCCCUUGAAUUUCUGCAUUGUCCACAAAGCUACCUGAGUACUUUCAUGAAAGUCAACUGGAAUGCUUGCCUGAAGAAAAUACCGUUCCACUUCUGAAGCACUUGCAGGGUUGGGCUUUUAGGUUAAUUCAAAUUUUGUAUUGAAAGUUAUUUAAUAAUGAAAAAAAUGUAAUAAAUAUUUUUUAAUCUGUGCAAUAAAAUUACAAGAUCCACUAGUGAUUGUAGGGAAAAAAUAGAUUUUACAUAGCUGGAGUUGAUAAAUGAUAUUUUUUGUUACUAAUGGAACAGAAAAGUGGGUGAGAGAAAUAGGCAUACUGUGAAGAUGUCAAAAAGUGCAACUUUAUACAUUUUUCUCUGCUGCUAUAGUUAUUUAGCAAUAAAUAAUGCCUAAAAUACCAGAAAUAUUAUUUUGUGCCAUAAUAUGCUAUGAAUUUCCUUCCAAUUGUAGAACAAAGAAAAGAAAAUAUGUGAGCUUUAAGUUUAUAUUAUGUAUUGUAUAUGGUUAUUUACACUUUGACUUUGAAAGCACAAACUUAAACACUAGACAGAGCAUGAGCACAUGAGCACUUAGCUGUGCUCCUCAGCCUGGGAUUUAAUAUAUGGACUAGAGGGAUGAGAACAAUAGUCAUCAAAUCACUCUGUCAGCAUCUCUCUCCAAGAAAUGCAUCUGAUAGUCAGAGAUACAGCCUACCACAGCCACAGCUCCAAGGAGUGCCUUGGCAGGUGCCUAACAUUUAUUCAGAUUUCUUUCAGUACUUCAGACGUAGAGUUUAUGUAAAUAAAAUGCAAUAUAGAAUGACCACCACUCCUUCAUGGCCUUGUCACAGAUGUCUGGGCUCUGCAGCUGUGAGCUCUGGGACCUAUAACUCCAGGAUGCCAUAACUUUCAAUUGAAAUGAGUGCUCACCCCAGGUGGGCACUUGGGCAACUUCCUGUAGACUCCAUGCCCUCAACUCUCUCCCUCACACUGAUAAAAUCAAACUCUCGACCUGUUGGUAGCACCUCUAUGGCCAAAGCAAACUGAUUUGUUAUCAGUGACCUCACAGAUCAACAGCUGAUUCAAACUGGGAUUUUUUUUUUUUUUUUUUUUAAGGCUAGCAGGAAAUACUGGAGACUAGGGACUAGCUAAUUGAGAAAAAACUGUGGAAUCGGGACACAUAAAGUGUCAGCAAUGCCAGUAGUCUAAUAUCCAUGACAGUUUAGUUGUUUCUUGGUUUAUUUGAAAGCUAGAGAAAUACUGUAAGUAACAUUAGGAAGUUAAAUAUAUAUUGUUCUAGAGCAGGGCAGUACACUAUAAAGAAAACCCCACAGUUUUGAAAUGUGGCUAGCCUUAGAUUCUUUGCCAGUGCCUGGAGUAAAGUGCCUGAAAAAUAUUUUCAGUACUUAUUCCAUGCUCAUAUGCAAUAUAAUUACUUAUAAUUGUGUUCCUAACAAACACUGGGUGAACACAGAACUGUGCUACUAUUGUCAGUUUAAUUUAAGCAUUUAAGUAUAUUUUUAUAUUUUUAGCUACAGUCAAAAAAAUCAAAUAUUUGAGUGUAUUUUACACAUUUUUAUAGAUACUUCAUGAAUAAAACAUUCAUUU